AUGGAAAGUUGUGAUGGUGUAUUAUUUACUACUGUUUAUCAAAAGCCGUCUUAUGAACCGUAUUACUUACCAUUCAAUAGUAUUCAUCCAUUACAUAUGAAAAAGAAUAUACCUUUUACGAUCUUACUUCGAGUUAUUAGGUAUUGUUCUACAUUUCAAACAUAUUUGGAUGAACGUGAAAAAUUACGUAUGGCUUUAUUACUUAAUAAAUAUCCGAAUAAAUUAAUUGAAGAACAGUUUAAUAAUGUUCUUUUAAAAUGUAAUAUUGAUCAGCCAUUAACAAAUUCCAAUUAUAGCAAAUAUCGUCAAAUAGUCAUAGAUUCACCCAUGAAACAAAAAGUUUCGAUUGAUUAUGAAGCAGUUAUGUUUAUACAUUUUACAUACUGUUCUACUAUGAAAACUUUUCCCGCUAAAUUCCACCUACUUUGGAAUAAAUAUUUUGAGGAAUCUUCUAUUAAUGAAGUUAGACCUAUUCUUGGCACUCGAAAUGUGAAGAAUAUACAUAGACGUCUAGCUUUUAAUAUGUAA